UCGGACGUCAGCAUGUCGGACAGACAUAAAGUUUAUAUUUUGAUUCUUCUUCAGGCCAUUUUCUUCAUCCAUUUGGCUGAGUGUGUUCGGUUAUCAAGCUGCCAAAAAGAUGAGAAAUGCACCAGACUGGUUAGCUGCUCACCGCUUAUGAACAUCCUAAGGCCCCGGGGCAUGACCCAGGCGGAGAAAGAUGUGUUUGCAAACAGGCAGUGUGGCCUGGACCCCAAUGGACGCGAGUUGUUGCACAUGGUUUAUGUCUGCUGCCCAGAGUUGGGUGACGUCUUGCCCAGCAAACAGACCUGUGGAAAAACGACUCCAGUGCUCGGAUUUCGGGGUGCCGAGAACGCAGAGCUCAAGGAGUACCCUUGGAUGGUACUGCUGCUAUAUGAGAAUCGGCUAUCCUUGACGUGGAAUCAGCGAACGGGUUGUGUGGGCUCGCUGAUCAACAGUCGCUAUGUGCUGACCGCUGCCCACUGCGUGACCGGUGGCUACUUGACGCACAAUGACCUGGUGCUGAAGAGUGUGCGCCUGGGCGAGUCCAACAGCGACAGCAUCACCUCGGUAAGCAGGUGGCCACAUCUGGAUGUGGAGGUGGGGCAUACAACAGUGCAUCAGGGUUUCACUUCGAGUGGCGGAACUUACCACAACGACAUCGCCCUCCUCCGACUGCGAAUCCCACUGCGAUACACGAAACAGAUCCAACCCAUUUGUCUACUGGACGCCGACUUUCCCCUAAACGACUUGAAUUUGCAAGUCACAGGCUGGGAUCCGACUAAAAGCAGUCAAUCGGUGAUCACCAGCACGAUCAAGGAAAGGAAUCCUGUUGAUUGUUUGAAUGGCUAUACCAGCUUUCGCCACGCGUCCCAAUUAUGCGCCGGUGGUCAGCGGAAAAGGGACACCUGUGCGGGCAUCUCAGGCAGUCCGCUAAUGGGCAUCAUGGAAAGCGGCGUCGACGAGUUCGUCUUUUUGGCAGGCAUUGCCUCAUAUGGACAACAAUAUUGCUACACUGCUGGUAUUCCAGGUGUUUACACAAAAAUUUACCACUUUUUGGAAUGGAUCAAGGCGAAUUUGGCUCCCUAAUUUCAAUAAAAAAAAAAAAUUCAUAGUUGCAAAAUUGGGAAUAUGUUGGAAGUGUCGUGUCGGAAUCGCAUCUGUUCCAUCAACACACUACUACAAAGUAAUAGGCCUAGAAAAUCGCAAAAGAUAAGAAAAUCACCAAAUAAUUUCAUUUCACAACUAAAUUUAUACUGGGCUUACCUAAAAUUCAACAGUUAGUGUUUUUUGUUUAUUCCUAUCUACCAAGGGGCUUUUGUACGCAUCAGUUUAAAAGAACUGAAGAUUGUUUUUCAAAAAACGUGUUGUUCAAAAUAUAACGUUCCGAGAGAAGAUUAAGCAUAAAUGAGUUUCUAAAAACUCCACCGUUGGGUUUGCCCAGCUCAGCCUAUUAUGGAAAUAUAAAAGCCAGGGAAAGACCGCCGUAUUCACCUAGCUUUUGCCUUUGUUGCAAUCU